CUUGAUGCGCCGUUGGCCACUUUUGGAUUUCUGUAACACGCGAAGUGGACCGACUGAGACCGAAGCCGGCCAUAGGCGCCCGGUCCUUCUGUCGCGCAAUAAAAUCGCUCCCACGCCUGAUCUUAAUCUUAUCAGAUCAUCUACCAUCUGCCCCUUCUACCCCCCCGAAUCUUUCAACCCAAGAUGAGGCUACCGAAUAUUACCGAUACACUGGGCAAUUUGUCCCUCUCCUCGCCGCAUCGUAUCCUGGUUGUCGGCUGCGCAUACGGUGGCAUCUCGGCCGUUGUCAAUCUUCUCGAGUACUCGCAGGGAAAAGCGAGACAGAGCGUGUACCCAGGACCAGAUUUCAAGGGCGCGAGAAGCAGUCGAGGUGUUGAAAUUACAGUCAUCGACGAGCGAGAUGGAUAUUUUCACUCCGUCGGUGCACCUCUUGCACAUGUCACGCCAAAGUACACAAGUCACAUGUGGAGGCGUUUCAGCCAUUUGAACGAGCUGAAGCAUUCGAACCUGCAUUUCAAGCACGGUAGUGUCAAGAAUAUCAACCCCGAAGCAAAAGUUGCAGAGUGGUGCGAUCGCAAUGGCAACACACAGCAACACGCAUACGACUACCUCGUCGUGGCAACAGGACUGAAGAGACAUUGGCCUGCUGUACCAAAAAGCGGAAGCUAUGAGGAGUACCUAAGUGACGCAAAGUCUUUCAUUGAAAAAAUCACAGGCGGAGAUCCGAGCAAAUACGCUGGACGGAGAGUAGUAGUAAUCGGCGCUGGCGCCGUAGGCGUCGAAUUUGCCAGCGAGGUCAAAUCCUACUACCCCCAAAUCAGUGUCACACUCGUACACUCUCGCGCCGAAGUCCUCUCCUCCGAACCGCUCCCCUCGGAACUCAAAGAGCGUGUGAAGCUCCUCCUCGAGGAAGAAGGUGUCGACGUCAUCCUCGGCAGCCGGGCAUCCAUUUCUUCUCUCACAGACGGAAAAUUCUCCGUUACACUCGCAAACAACGACGUCCUAACCGCAGACUUCGUCAUCGACUCCACUCAGAAAGGCAGUCCAACAACACAUAUCCUCCCGCCCUCAUGUCUGAACGCCGACAAGGAGAUCAUAGUUGAGCAGUCUCUUGCAUUCAAGCCCACGAUUCCAAACCAUACACACCACUACGGCGUCGGGGACGUGAUCUCCUGGACGGGCAUCAAGCGCGCCGGCAGCGCAACAGUCAUGGGCCAAGCCGCGGCGCAAAACAUCUACGCCUCGAUCCUCAACAGCGAACUCCCUGCUUCCACACCAGAAGCAGAUCGCCACGCUGUGACUGAACUCCCCGCUUGGGCGGCGGUCAUCGGUAUUGCGGUCGGCAAACAGUGUCUCACAUACGACCCCAAGAACGGAAUCAAGUACGGAGUAGAUGUCAUGCAGAGUUACUUUGGCCAGGAUCUAGGCUGGGCCGCGAAUUUGAAAUACAUGGGCUUGACGGAUGUGGUGGAGAAGGUUGAUAGUCCGGUCGAGGAGUGCGAGAAGGCGAACAUGACGGAAGUGGGUGUCAAGCCUGUUAGUGUUGCGGCAUAAGGGCCAAACGAUAUCGUAGGGGAAUAUUCGUAGUAGAAAGUCGUCUGGAUAAGGUGUAUAUAUUGUUUGGAAGCGGAUGUCGAAAUACACAUGGUUUGUGCUGCUAGGAUGUAGCAAAGAAUAACUUUGCCAUAGUUGUCGACCCUCUAAUUAAGAAAGUAGUAUGAUAUUCAACUUCCGCAUGGCAAUUACUCCCAUAG